AUGGCCGCACCUCGCCACCAGAACACGUUCACCGACUACAAGAUCUCUCGCAACAGGGCGUACAACGCGGCCAUCGAGGGCAGCGUCGGGUGGAUCAGCUCCCUCCCAAGCCUGAACGACACCAGACUGCGAGCGCUACAAGCCGUGGACGAGAUGUUGCCUGAGCUGAUUCAACAGCUCGAGGACGCCGGGGAGCGGGACAACACGUAUAUCUUCUACACCACCGACAAUGGGUACCACAUCAGCCAACACCGGAUGAACCCUGGCAAGGAGUGUGGAUAUGAUACCGACAUUCACGUUCCAUUCUACGUCCGCGGCCCGGGGAUUGAGGCCGGAGGUGUGGUCGAUGUAAUCACUACUCACACAGACGUGAGCUCGACUCUGCUUCAAAUCGCCGGGGUCACCAAGCUGUUGGACGGCAUGGCCAUUCCGCAGGGAAGAAGCGGACAGGUCCUGGAGCAAGAGGAACCGCCGCGACGUCGUGAGCACGCGACCAUCGAAUAUUGGGGUUAUCGCAACUACUAUCUGAACAACACAUACAAGGGUCUCAGGCUUGUGUCCGAAGGCUACAGUCUGUACUAUGCUGUGUGGUGCACCAAUGAGACUGAGUUUUAUGAUCCGAAAUCUGCCUACAAAAUUGCCGGCCGGCCGCUGGAACAGAUCCUCCCGCGCCUCGACGCCCUGAUGAUGGUCCUCAAGACCUGUAAAGACAAGGUUUGCUUGUAUCCCUGGAGGACUCUCCACCCGGAUGGCAAAGUGUACGAUCUCGUAGACGCGCCGGACGAGAAAUUUGACGCCUUCUACGAAGCACAGCCCAAGAUGAGCUUCACUUCUUGUCCCGACGCAUACUAUCUCGAAGUCGAAAAUCAAGAACCGGUCAAACCGUGGGUCGACACACAGGAGGCCGGGCAAGGAGUAACGAGGCAGCACGAGUUCGAUUAUACCCUGUACUAG